AGACUGUACAUGCCAUUUGACUUGGGGAACAGAACGCGCCAUGGGACAACCUCAAAGAUACCACUCCAGACGGGGUCUCUUACUUGGGUGAUGUGUCUGCUCUCCUGACUGUCUUCAUACCCAAAGGAUUUAUUUUCCUGUUGGAAAUAUUUUAAGUUGAAAUCUUGUUCCUUACUGGAAACUGUCUACACUAAAGACUGCACACAUCAUGGGUGACAUGGCAAACAACUCGGUCGCAUAUAGUGGCGUAAAAAAUGCUGUAAAAGAAGCCAAUCAUGGAGAUUUUGGAGUUACUCUUGCAGAGCUCCGUUCUCUUAUGGAACUUCGAGCUGCAGAUGCACUGCAUAAAAUACAGGAAUGCUAUGGAGAUGUACACGGCAUCUGUACAAAAUUGAAAACUUCACCAAAUGAAGGUUUAAGUGGAAAUCCAGCAGAUAUAGAAAGGAGAGAAGCAGUUUUUGGGAAGAACUUUAUACCUCCUAAAAAGCCAAAAACAUUUCUUCAGUUAGUAUGGGAAGCACUACAGGACGUUACACUAAUUAUAUUAGAAAUUGCAGCCGUAGUAUCCUUGGGCCUUUCUUUUUAUCAGCCUCCAGGAGGAAAUGAAUCAUUAUGUGGAUCAGUAAAUGUUGGUGAAGAAGAGGAGGAAUCUGAAGCAGGUUGGAUUGAAGGAGCAGCAAUCCUCCUAUCUGUAGUUUGUGUGGUAUUAGUAACAGCUUUCAAUGACUGGAGUAAAGAGAAACAAUUUCGGGGAUUGCAGAGCCGUAUUGAACAAGAACAGAAAUUCACAGUCAUCAGAGGUGGCCAAGUCAUCCAAAUACCAGUAGCUGACAUAAUUGUUGGAGAUAUUGCACAAGUGAAAUAUGGUGAUCUUUUACCGGCCGAUGGUGUACUCAUUCAAGGAAAUGACCUCAAAAUUGAUGAAAGCUCAUUGACUGGAGAAUCUGAUCAUGUUAAGAAAUCUCUGGACAGAGAUCCUAUGCUGCUGUCAGGUACACAUGUGAUGGAAGGCUCUGGAAGAAUGGUAGUUACUGCUGUAGGUGUGAACUCUCAGACUGGAAUCAUCUUUACCUUACUUGGAGCUGGAGGAGAUGAAGAGGAGAAGGAGAAAGAAAAAGAGAAAAAGGACAAGAAAAGUAAAAAGCAAGAUGGAGCUGUUGAAAACCGUAACAAAGCUAAAGCUCAGGAUGGUGCAGCCAUGGAAAUGCAACCACUGAAGAGUGAGGAUGGCGGGGAUGGAGAUGAGAAAGACAAAAAGAGAGCAAAUCUGCCAAAGAAAGAAAAGUCGGUUCUUCAAGGCAAACUUACAAAGCUCGCAGUUCAGAUUGGCAAAGCAGGUUUGCUGAUGUCUGCAAUCACAGUCAUUAUCCUUGUGUUGUAUUUUGUAAUUGAUACCUUCUGGGUUCAGAAGAGACCUUGGCUUGCUGAAUGUACACCAAUUUAUAUUCAGUAUUUUGUGAAGUUCUUCAUUAUUGGAGUUACAGUCUUGGUGGUGGCAGUACCAGAAGGUCUUCCACUUGCAGUCACUAUAUCUCUGGCUUACUCUGUUAAGAAAAUGAUGAAAGAUAAUAACUUGGUGAGACAUCUGGAUGCAUGUGAAACAAUGGGCAAUGCAACGGCUAUUUGCUCAGAUAAAACAGGAACAUUGACCAUGAACAGAAUGACAGUGGUCCAAGCCUACAUCAAUGAAAAACAUUAUAAAAAAAUUCCAGAACCAGAAGCUAUUCCAGAGAAAACUAUGGCUUACCUUGUGACAGGAAUUUCUGUUAAUUGUGCUUAUACUUCCAAAAUACUGCCUCCUGAAAAAGAAGGUGGCCUACCACGUCAUGUUGGAAAUAAAACUGAAUGUGCCUUGCUGGGAUUGCUUUUGGAUUUAAAACGUGAUUAUCAGGACGUAAGAAACGAGAUACCAGAAGAGGAUUUGUACAAAGUGUACACCUUCAACUCCGUUAGAAAAUCUAUGAGUACUGUGUUAAAAAAUUCUGAUGGCAGUUUCCGGAUAUUCAGUAAAGGUGCCUCUGAGAUAGUUCUUAAAAAGUGCUUCAAAAUACUCAGUGCUAAUGGAGAACCAAAGGUAUUUAGACCUAGGGACCGUGAUGAUAUUGUGAAAACUGUAAUUGAGCCAAUGGCUUCUGAAGGGCUCAGAACUAUCUGCCUGGCAUUCAGAGACUUCCCAGCAGGGGAACCUGAGCCGGAAUGGGACAAUGAAAAUGAUAUUGUUACUGGUCUGACGUGCAUUGCUGUUGUUGGGAUUGAAGAUCCUGUGAGACCUGAGGUACCUGAUGCAAUAAAAAAGUGUCAACGUGCAGGCAUAACUGUACGUAUGGUCACUGGCGAUAACAUUAACACUGCUCGUGCUAUUGCAUUAAAAUGUGGUAUUCUCAAUCCUGGUGAAGAUUUCCUGUGUUUAGAGGGCAAAGACUUUAACAGGAGAAUACGCAAUGAAAAAGGAGAGAUAGAGCAGGAACGAAUAGAUAAAAUUUGGCCAAAGCUUCGUGUUCUUGCAAGAUCUUCUCCCACUGACAAACACACUCUGGUAAAAGGUAUAAUUGACAGCACUGUCUUUGAACAGAGGCAAGUUGUAGCAGUAACUGGUGAUGGUACCAAUGAUGGUCCAGCUCUUAAGAAGGCAGAUGUUGGAUUUGCAAUGGGUAUUGCCGGAACAGACGUAGCUAAAGAAGCUUCUGAUAUUAUCCUUACAGACGACAACUUCACAAGUAUUGUUAAAGCAGUUAUGUGGGGACGAAACGUGUAUGACAGCAUCUCCAAAUUCCUUCAGUUCCAGCUUACUGUCAAUGUAGUAGCAGUAAUUGUUGCUUUUACAGGAGCAUGCAUAACACAAGAUUCUCCACUGAAAGCUGUGCAGAUGCUGUGGGUAAAUCUCAUAAUGGACACAUUAGCUUCUCUUGCCCUGGCGACAGAACCACCCACGGAAGCUCUUCUGUUGCGAAAGCCUUAUGGGAGAAACAAACCUUUGAUUUCUCGUACGAUGAUGAAGAACAUCUUGGGUCAUGCAUUCUACCAACUCGUAGUGGUCUUCACACUCCUGUUUGCUGGUGAGAGAAUUUUUGACAUCGAUAGUGGAAGAAAUGCACCUCUGCAUGCUCCUCCUUCAGAGCAUUAUACUAUUGUAUUUAAUACAUUUGUGAUGAUGCAGCUUUUUAAUGAAAUUAAUGCCCGAAAAAUUCAUGGUGAAAGAAACGUUUUUGAAGGAAUCUUUAACAACGCUAUCUUCUGUUCUAUUGUUCUGGGAACGUUUGUUGUGCAGAUAAUUAUUGUGCAGUUUGGUGGGAAGCCUUUCAGUUGCUCAGAACUCUCGAUUGAACAGUGGCUGUGGUCCAUUUUCCUGGGCAUGGGAACACUACUCUGGGGCCAGUUGAUUUCAACAAUUCCAACAAGUCGUCUGAAAUUCCUUAAAGAAGCUGGUCAUGGAACACAAAAGGAAGAAAUUCCUGAAGAAGAAUUAGCAGAAGAUGUAGAGGAGAUCGAUCAUGCUGAGAGAGAACUACGUCGUGGUCAGAUCUUGUGGUUUAGGGGCCUAAACAGGAUACAAACUCAGAUGGAUGUAGUGAAUGCUUUCCAGAGUGGAAGUACCAUUCAGGGGGCUCUAAGGCGGCAACCCUCCAUCGCCAGCCAGCACCAUGAUGUAACAAAUAUUUCUACCCCUACACAUGUAGUGUUUUCCUCUACUACUGCUUCUACUACUGUGGGGUAUCCGAGUGGUGAAUGCAUUUCGUAGCUCCUUGUACGAGGGGCUAGAAAAACCUGAGACACGAAGUUCAAUUCACAACUUUAUGACGCAUCCUGAGUUUAGAAUAGAAGACUCCGAGCCUCAUAUUCCCCUUAUUGAUGAUACUGAUGCUGAAGAUGAUGCUCCAACAAAACGCAACUCUACUCCCCCACCCUCUCCCAAUAAAAAUAACAAUGCGGUUGACAGUGGAAUUCACCUUACAACAGACAUGAACAAGUCUGCUACCUCUUCAUCCCCAGGGAGCCCGCUACAUAGUUUGGAAACAUCACUCUGAUUGUAAGCUGAAUGUUAACACACUAGCUGCAUUGUAAAGAAAUUGAAACUGGGUCUCUUCACACAUUAUGAUGGACAAGAUGAUACUCUUGUCUUGGACUUCAACAGAAGACACACUUGUACGAAUGUAGAUUUAUUUUUUUAAAAAAAGCUUUCUGCCAGACUGGAGGGUGCUUUUCUGGGGGUGGGAGUAAUAAUGAACUCUGACAGUAACUCAGCAUAAGUGACCUGUGGAUCAUCUGUUGUACUUAAGAAUGGUCCCGAACAGUGUGUUAGCAGAGCUUUAGUUUAUCGUGAUCCUUUUCUGAGGGGAAGGCUGGGAAGGGCAAGGAGGCCCUGGAUUGUUGAAUUGAUACUUUAAUUUCUGCUGUUGGCUGUUAAUAAUUUGGAUUAUUUAUGUUUAUAAAUGAUACAGAUCUGUUUACAAGGUUUGUAGAUACUUUUUUGUUCCUGUUCAUAGAUGGGAAGCUUCCUUAUAAAUGAUGCAGAGAAAAAAAAAAAACCUACAAAAAAACAAACAAAAAAAAUAGUCCUUCAAAUACUGCUGUAUUUUCAGGAAAAGGGUGUUUCUAUUGAAACUGUACUAAAUUUUGCCUGCAAUUUACCUUGUUAAAUAUUGUAGAUAAAUUGCUAAUACUAAUAGCCAAAUAGAUAACACUAAUGCUUUGUAAAAACAUGAGCAGUGGUGUUCUAAUGAAGUUAUGGCCUCUGUCCUAAUUAGUUUCUUAAAUACAUUUACUACUUAAUGGUUUUGAAACAACUGUUUAAUUUUUAAAAAUUUUCAGAAACUUACUGAAUAACUUUUGUUCAGAACUUAGUAGGAUUGUUUAAUGCAGGACAUCAAUAUGUGAUGGAACUUGCUUGAAAUAUUUCUGUUAUCUCGGGCAAAAUGGAUUAAAUCAAAAUACAUCAGAAUCUUAGUCCUUUGUUUUUGUCUAAACAUGUUUAGUGCUGUCUUGGUGAACUGUGAGUGGAACUGUGAUUUUUUUCUAAUCUAUAGAAUCCUUCAUGCAGCAUGAGGGCUGUUGGCAUUUUGAAAGGUUGUUAGUGGGUAGCAUACAUGUUCUCCUUUUUGUUUUUGGAACUUGUUUGUAAACAUGAAUAAAUCUGCCCUUUUGUUAAAAUAAAAUUGCA